AUGGAUGCGAUAGCUUUUCCCUUCGAGUAUUUUAUUCGAGUCCGCAUAGGUUCGAACAAGAACAAAAUGGAAAACUGGAUGGACUGGGUGUCACCUAUCACCUUCUUCAUUAUUUUGGUCAUAUCUGCGCUGUGUGAUCUGAAAGUGUGGUGGUUAAUCGAGACGUUCGCUACUUUGGUCUUUGGUGUCAACUUGCUUCUGUUUCCGGAAAUGAUAGUUGGUUUCCAGGUCAACGCGCCGUUGGAUGAACUUCAUCGACUUCUGUGCCGGUUCAGCGGAACAUUUCUCAUUGGUUCAGCGUGUGCCCACUACAAAUCACGCAUCUCAGCGGGUUGCGACUCCAUUGCUGAUUCGUACCUUCAUCGUUGUUCUGUCGAUCUUCGGCAUCCGUUGCUACUUAGCUCUUGGCUGCCAGAAGGCGAUGAGCAGUUUCUGAUGGCCAACUUUUCGCAGCCUGCCUCUGUCACCCAACAAUCAGCGCAGCCAUUGGUGUCCCGAGCGACGAUCGAGGCGAGUUGCUGCAUUAUUUUGGUCAUUCAGUUAUAUUGGUUUCAAUCGUUGGCAAAAACCAACGCCGUCGCCAAGUUCAAUCGCAUGUUUGUGUUUUUUGGCUGUGCCGGCGUCACUACGUGGCUCAUGGGUAGUCUGAUCCAGUUGAUUCGAUGCCGCGAAGUCGGCGGAUAUCUUUUCAAGAGCACUUGGAUCCACGCCGCUUUUAUCGUCGAUUACGUCAUGCUGUUUGUGGCCAGUGUGUCUUGCUGUUCGUUGGCACGCCCAGCCCUAAGACUGAUCGUAAAAGUUUUUUUUGUUUUUGGUUUUAUGCUUUAG